AUGACUUUAAAAGCAACAUCUCCCUUCUUGAAAAAGAAAAGAAAAGUUCCAGAAACUAAGACAAAACUCACCCCCAACAAGAAGAAAAACAAGGCGGUUGCACAAGACCCACGAGAUAGGGGAGAUUCACCAACCACUGACAUACCAUCAGAGGGCGAUGUUGAACCAAGCCGUGCUGAAGAUGUUGAGCAUGUCAUAAGGCGACAUACUCGUAGAAGCUCUGGUGACCUAGUGGUCGGCUUACCCAACAAGUCAGUCGUCCGUAAACGACAUAAUGAGGUGCCUCACAGCCCAACUCCUUCUCUUCCAAAAGUUGGCCUUAUCCGGCAACCUCUUACACCUUCUAAUUCAAAUUAUCGCGAGUUGUCGCACUCGUUAGGCGACUCAACUACCACAAAGCAGCCACCCCGUGUUAUCAAUCAUGGGGCCAAGGCUAAGACAAGGAAGAUUGGUGAUUCAUCCAUCAACCAUGAAAUCCAUGAAAUGGAAGACUCGUCUUUGGUGACUCCUGAAGUUCAUACUCAACACCCUGAAGACCAACUGGACGACCAGGAAGAAUCAUCGCAUCAUACUGAGCAAGCAAGCCCUGAAGCCAUGGAUGCUGAAGCUAACCGGACAAAUAACCUUAAUCCGCCUAGUCCUUGUGCCGCAACUAAAUAUGUUCCCUCCCUGGGAGGAACGAAGAUGACAUCACCAUCAUUGGGCCAUGUUACACAACUCCGAAAGACUCAACUAUGUUAACCAAACUCGCCGCCAAAAAUGAGACGCCAUUGCUUGAUAAAGGAUAAGGCAAACUUGAGC